AACAGUCGAUAACGUCAAUAUUCUUCAAUUAUCUCAAGUCACGACGUACGGUUACAAAAGUGUUUUUUUGUAUACUGAAUACUUUCAGUAUUUCGUCGAUUUUAAAGAUGAUGAAAGAGCUUUGUGCAAUUGUUGAAGAGAUAUUAAAACAGAUGUAUGUAUUAAGAAAAAAAAAAAAAAAAGAACGGAAACAAGAAGAGAUGACAGAGUAGAUUUUUGUGCCUAGAUGAGUAUCGUGUAAAUCUGCGCGCGCACGCACGUGGUAUGCUUGUGCUUUGCAAAAACAUCCUCAUUGAAAAAAAGAAGUCGCGAUCUUUUUCAUACGACAGCUGCAACAAUGGUUUUUACUUUCGUUUCCGUUUGUUGACGUCACGGUGGUGACAUUCAGCAGCGUAUAUACAUCGCAUUGCAAAUAUCUUGCUAAUGAUUUAACAGCAGCAUUUGCGCUGACCACAACGUGGCGUUGCAAUCGCAAGACUACUCUGUGUCGGAGGGACUCGUAAGUAAACAAAAGAUUUCUGCCGCGCAUUCUAUUCGGGCGGGUCUCACGGAGCAAGUGGUGUGUGGAAAAUGAAGUAAACGAGAAUCAAGUGAAUAAUUGCGGUCGAUGAUCUAUGUGACGCGUGUCGUCUCUGGCUUUUUAUCUAUAUAAAGAAAAUUAACGGGAAGAUCAUUUGGAUAACAGCCUUGACAACAACUUCUGAAUCAACGAGAUUUUUCUAUUUAAGACAAUUAAAAUUAUUUUAAUACAUUGGGAGAAAUUAUAAAUAUUUACAAAGGAUAACUGUAAUUGUAAGAUGCGUUCAUCCUAUAUGCGCAUCAAAUUAUACAAAUUGAACCCUACUGUUCAAAGAAUCAAUUUUGUACGAAUGAAUAGUUCUCUAUUACUGAAAGCUCUGACGGUUAAGUUUUUCGUUACAAGUUUUAUACUUUGCGUACUAUUCCAAAUAGUAGCUUCACAACAAGUUGAAAAAAACAUAAACUUGGAAGUGGGAAGAGAGAAAAGAGAAGCCGUUGAUGUUCAGAUAAACACAAAAUUAUUGGAGUCUAAGAAUGAUAAUAAAACCGUCCAGAUUUAUCAAAAGAAAAACACUAAUAACUCUGAAUAUGAAAAAAGGAAUGAUGAAACAUUUUAUUUGGAAGACGAGCGAGUAAGAAUACGAAGGAAGAAUAGAAAAAAUAAAAGAUCACAUAAAGGCACCAAAAAUCAGAAAAAACACAGGAGAAACAAGCGUUGGAGAACCAAUGGUGUAAUGGUAGCUAAAUUUAAUGGUGCAAUACCAGAAAUGCAUAUCAAAGAUGACGGUUUGAUUGGGCCAUGGAUGAAGAGCGUCUACGAAGUAAACAAUCCAUUUGAGUUUACGAACUUUCAUUUAGUUGAGGAACAAAAGACAAUUGAAAUAAACAAGAGCGGAUUAUAUACGAUUUCAGUACAAAUUGGUUACACAGGUAAUUCGGCUCCUAAUUCUUAUAAGCUAAUGUUAAGUUCUGAGAAUGGUUCUGUUGUAACAAAGAUUGCUAUGUGCAGUACCAAUAGUACGGACAGUACAUGUCUUACUAGUACAACCAAGUAUAUAAAAAAACAGGAUAGAAUACGCAUACAGCAACAAGAAAAAAAUAGAUUCAUUAAUUUGCGACCUGGAUUCAGCUUUGUAGAUAUAAUAUUUUAUGGAUAGUCAAAAAAAGAAUUCUAAAGUAUAACGGUGUGACGAAAAUGGAAAGUUGAACUUAAGAAGUUUAAAAGAUAAAUUCGACUACUUUGUUGCAGCUAUAUUUAGUGAAAUGACGUAAUGUUACUAUUAUUAUUACAUUGUGUACGAUUCUUGUGUGUGUAUACAAGUAGUUGCGGAAUGCAUUUUGUGUGUGAUAUUGAGUAGCAAGGAAUGACAGUUCGAUUUGAUUGACAAGAGGAACAACUGUUUGAUAUCUCGUAAGCUAAAACUGUCAUUUUCUAAUACGUAGAAGUUUGUUCCUCGGAGAUAAAUUUUUGUUGCAGCAUUCUGAUCAACUCCGUCAAACAUUUAUUCGCAUUUUGUUGUUGGAAAACACUCUGUUCAGUCUUUUCAGCAAAUCUAGAGAAUGCAAGAUGUAACAUUUGUACAAGUAGCGUCUUUGAUUGUUCUUGUUCUUAUUAUUAUACAAAUCUCUUAAUGCCGCUGUUGACGCAAAUAUAAAUAAAUGAUCAGGAGAUGUAGAUUCCAACCAAUCACUUUGAAAAAGCUUUCAAAGUUUCUUGUAACUCUGGCACAGUUUUUAGACAUUGUACUGUUUGCAUUUAAAUAGCAUAUAUUGCCAAGAUUAUGUAAUCCUGAAAGAUCUAGAGUCGUCAAUUCUGCUUCAUGUUCUUUCAUAAAUAAUAGCUUUGCUAUAGGUUCAAUAAGGCACAUCUUCUUUAGAAUCCAUCAUAAGUACUGUAACAUCAUCUUUAAGCUUUACAUUACUUUAAUCACACUUGAGUGUCAUUUCUUUGAGCACAACUUUACCUUUCUAGUUGGACCCCAGAGGUCUAACCAAAAUGUUUCAUCCAAAAACCUGUGCUUUAAACAAUAUUUGUUUUUUCUCUGAUAAGUCAUAAAUAACCGAGCCAACAAAAAGUACAGUAUGUGAUAAUAAUAGUAAGGUUUAUAUAAUAUACAUAUAUGUAAAAAAGGAUGAGAUAAAUCAGUGGUUGUGAUUAAUAUGAUUGAUAGGAAAAAUCUCAAAUUUACACAGUGAUAAGAAUUUAGAUGUCACAAAUUUUAAGAUAUAGAUAUUGUUGUUCUUAUAACAAAUGUUUACUUAUAAUUAGAACAAAUUAUUAGCGCGUUCCGAAAGCCAUAAGAAGAGAAGAAAAGUAAGUAAAUGUAUAUGCGAUGACGUGUAAAUGAUCUAUGUAGAACUAAAUCAGAUUUUAUCACAAUUUUACCGUGAGUUGUUUGUUGUUUUCGAAUAUAUAAAGAACAAAAAAAAAAUAUCAAAUGCAUAACAAGAGUCUGAUGAGAAUACAACAUACAGUCACAAUUUAUUUGCUUUUCAUGAUUGUUUCUGACUACUCAUAUAUGUAUAUAUUUUUAUAUAAGAGUAAAUUUCUAGUUUUUAUAUGAUAAAAUAUGUGUAUUUUAUAUUUUAUACAUAAAAUGAAGAUCUCGUUUUAUUACAGUGAAAUUGAAUUUUUAUGUUUAUAUAUAUAUGUGUUGUUGAUUUUAUAA